AUGGCCGCCUUCGCAGAACUCGCGCUUUGCCCAGAACUCAUUUCUGCAACAGAAGACGAGGGUUGGGUUCUUCCCACGGCCAUUCAGGCCGAGGCCAUCCCCCUCAUCUUGGGCGGAGGCGAUGUCUGCGCUGCAGCAGAAACAGGCAGCGGCAAGACUGCAGCAUUUGUGCUGCCUUCGCUGCAGCUGGUUCAUGAGGCUUUGCGGGGAGUUGCUGUUACUCCAGCAGCAGAAGCAGCAGGAGUAGUGGGAGCAGCAGCAGCAGCAGCAGCAGCACCUGCUGCUGCCGCAGGAGCCGCUGGCUGGCAGACUGACGGCAGCGACCGGGACAUGCAAAUCAUUUGGACCCCACGCCCAGCAGCAGCAGCAGCAGCAGCAGCAGCAGCAGCAGCAGCAGCAGCUCCGCCUAUAAAUCUUGUGUGCACUGACUCAGACAACUGGAGGGGGUUCAGAGCCCCAGCAGACAUCUACAGGGGCAAAUAUGCGGUCAGCAAACAGCAGCAGCAGCAGCAGCAGCAGCAGCAGCAGCAGCAGCAGCAGGGGAAGUUCCUUGACUACGGCUGUCCGUUUGGGCCUGGCGACGCAGUCGGGUGCGUCAUCGAGCGCGACAGCAGCAGCAGCAGCAACAGCAGCAGCAGCAGCAGCAGCAGCAGCAGCAGCAGCAGCAGCUGCGGCUCUGUUUCUUUUUAUAUAAAUGGAAGACCCAUGGGAGUUGCUUUUCCCCUUCCUGCUGCUGUUGCAGCAACCCCGCUGCGUCCGGGGGUUUGCGGCAAGGGUUUCGAGGUGGAUGUGCGUUUCUCUAACUUUUUAUUCCCCAUAGAAGGCGUGGCCGAAGUGGGGCAGCUGACGAGGACCGACUCAUUGCCUGCUGCUGUUGCUGCUGCUGCUGCAGCUGCUGUUGCUGCUGCUGCUGACCUUCCUGCUGUUGCUGUUGCUUUUCAUGAGAUGAGGAGGGUGUUGGAAAGGCCUCGUCUCCUGAUAGAGUCGUGUGUUGGUGGGGGGCCAGGCGGCGGCUCAGCUCACAGGACAGACUUUAAAAGUACGGACGUGCUGGUGGGGACCCUGGACAAAACCCUAGAACUUGCGAAGCGGCGGGCAAUUCCUCUCAGCCGUUUGCAGCUUUUAAUAAUUGACGAGGCCGACGAAGUGGUGAAGGACCAGGGCGCCAAGAAGCUCCACGAGCUGCAGCUGCUGGGUCUGGGGGCUGCGGGGCGGCGGCCGCAAACCCUUUUUUUCUCCGCCACGCUGCACUCUGCUGCUGCUGCUGCUGCACUGCAGCUGCUGGCUCCUGCUGCAGCAUGGGCGGACUUGAAGGGUUUGGCGGUUUUGCCAGACGCAGCAAGAGUGGCUCUUUAUUCCCUCGACCCUUCUCAGGGGCUGCAGUGCGCGCUUCCCUUCGACACCUCUGUGGGGCCCCCCGAGACUGACGGGGUGCAUGUGGGGCAGGCAGCAGCAGCAGCAGCAGCAGCAGCAGCAGGUGCUGCUGCUGCUGCUGCUGUGACCUGCAAGGACCCCGACUUCUUGUCCUGCCGAACCAAGUUCCUCAAGCCCCAAGGGCUGCAGUGCGCGCUUCCCUUCGACACCUCUGUGGGGCCCCCCGAGACUGACGGGGUGCAUGUGGGGCAGGCAGCAGCAGCAGCAGCAGCAGCAGCAGCAGGUGCUGCUGCUGCUGCUGCUGUGACCUGCAAGGACCCCGACUUCUUGUCCUGCCGAACCAAGUUCCUCAAGCCCCAAGCAGCCGUGGCCAUCGCUGAUGCCCUCAAGAUGGACUCUUGCAUGAUUGGUUUGCUGUCUUCUUUUUUAGGAAAGAUGGAAUCUGGAAAGGAAAACCCCUACGCAUGCGUCGUCGUUGCCGGCAUGCGUUCGAACCAAGAGAGAUAUGCCAAUCUUGAGCACUUCAAAGCGGGAGAUGCGCGCUUUUUGAUUUGCACAGAUGUGGCUGCAAGAGGAAUUGACAUAAAGAACCUCCCUUUUCUUAUAAUGCUGACUCUGCCGGAUUCGCCCGAACAGUUUUUCCACCGCGUGGGCCGCGUGGGCCGAGCGGAGUGUAUCACUCUUGCCCUGACAGAGGGAGAGGCUGCACCGACAGGCGGCUUGCCCAAGAUGGCGGCUGCACCAUUUGGUAUGAUGAGCCGCAACUUCUGGCAGACGCCCGAAGACAGCGCGGCGCCGCAAAGCAGGCGGAACUUCCGGUGUAUGGACAGCACAAAACUGAGCAGGGCAAUGCUGCCACCCGCAAGCAUCUCCAAAGAAGCAGGCGCAGCAGCAGUUUAUGAUUAUGACAUCAACCAAGUGGCCAUAAGCCUGUAG